GCUAUGAGUCAGAAUGGGUUUGGUGGGACUGGUAGUUUGUAGUCUCAUUGCUUUGGUUUCAGCGCAAGCUGUACAAAAAUGGCACAAAAGCGAGGAUGGUUCUUUGUACUACAUUGAAAAUGAGCGCAAGUUCACAUGGUUUGGUGCCUGGAACGAAUGUGCCCGCAAAAAUAUGAGCCUGAUUGCCAUUGAUAGCUACAGUAGACAUGUGCAAAUUGAUUCAUUGAUAAGGAAAUUAUAUGGUACCGGUCCUGGCCUCUGGAUAGGUGGCAGUGACAACGAUUUAACCGAUCAUUAUGAAUGGCAUGCCACAGGAGAGAUCUUCACCUUAACCCUUUGGGGUCCCGGUCAACCCAAAAGAGGUGACAACCAUUGUAUUCUUAUAUGGGAGGACUUCAAAUGGUAUGAUGGGCUUUGCACCCUCAAAUUGGGUUUUGUUUGUGAGGAAAAUCGUUUUCUUAAACAAAAAUCCCAAGAAGUGGAGGCCUUGAAAAAGGAAUGUAAUGGUGAGACAAUUGAGCCAAGAAAAUUUCAUAAUUUCAUCAUGAAUAUUAACCCUAAGUUUGAACAUGUUUAUUUGUCGGGCAAUGACGGUGUGUUGUUCAACAAUGAAAGUUCAAUGCCCACAAAAUAA